UCUCAUCUCAUUCCUUUUCUUCCUCUUUAUUGUUUUUUUCCCUUAUAGGCUGCAGCUAAUAUCAUAAGAUGAUUUCUGGUUCUUCCACUAUUGCUGCUGCAGUUGUCAUUCUAUUGUGCAUCACUGAUCAAUGCACAGCUCAAACUACUAACUGCAGUCUGCUCUGGCCAGUAAUGGUGACUGCAGUUUCUAUGAUUGCUUGAGUACUAAAUUCCAGUGCACUGCUAAUGAUUAUCCUCUUGCUUAUGGCAGAAAGUAUUGUCUAAGAUAUGCCAGUGAAUCGAAUUGCUUCUCAACUGGAGGUCAAGCAUGGAUUGCUAAUGUUAGUAUAUAGAUGUUUGAUGCAGUCUAUUGUUAACAGUCCUCGCUAUAAUAAUGUGAAUACUACUUGUGAUCAGUUGGAGACAUUUGCAUUUGAAAGCCAUCCUAGAUGUUACAUUGAGAACGGGUUCUGUACAGAUAUAUUAUUAUCUGAUCAAUGUCAGAAUCUUGUUUGUAUUGGAAAUGAAAUAUUUACUGAUAGAGACUUUUAUAGCAAACAAGCAAUAGACCAAAUGACAAGGACAGCUGCUUCAUGCUCCUCCCGUAUUUCUACAUUCCUUCUUGAUGCUCGUGAGUGCAGUUUGAAUAGUCCUGAUCAUGCUCUUGUAGCUGCUAUACGCAAUUAUUUAGAUUGUAAUGAAAGGGCUUUUGAUUUUAUUAUUAUGCUGGAUUCAUCUGGAAGUAUUACUUCCACUAACUUUGAGAGAAUGACAAACUUUGUGGCUAACAUAUUACUGUCUAACUUUACCAUUGGACCAAAUGACACUCGUGUUGGAGUCAUUUGUUUUGCUAGCAGUCCAUCAAUUGUUAUCCCAUUGGGUUCCAUUAAUACCUAUUCACAAUUGGCUGCUGCUGUUAGAGGUAUAUCAUACACUGGAGGAAGCACAAACACUGCUGCAGCUUUGAAUUUACUAAGUACAGCAUUUGCUACUGCUCGUGUUAGUGAAGGUAUCCCUCGUAUAGCUGCUGUUCUUACUGAUGGAUGGUCUAAUAAUCCUUUAGCAACAGUACAAGCUGCUCAAGCUGUCCAUAAUGAUGGGAUUUAUGUUUAUUCUAUUGGUAUUGGGAAUCGUAUAAGCUAUCAGGAGCUAGUUUCCAUUGCUUCUAGUGGUCAAGGGAAUGUUUUUAAUGUCAGUGGUUUCUCAUCUAGUGAUUUUGGGGGUGUGUUGAGACAGUUACAAGUAUCAACAUGUUCAACUCCAACCAUAUUGGAGACUUGAAUAGAGAUUGCCACUACCAUUCCAAAAGGAUCAUCUCGUUUGUUACAGUAUGAGUUUCCAUCAAUGGGAAUGACACUAAAAGUUGAUAUUACAGUGGGAAAUUUGGUGGUUCACGGAUCAUUUAGUGUACAAAAUCCAAAUGAGCUCACACAAGAUUUCUCUGUCAUGAGCAAUGGAAAUGACAUUGAUUAUUUCAUUAGUCCAGAAUUAAUGAGGCAGUCAACUAAUAAUGACAAUAAUGAUGGACGCCGUACUAAGAGGCAAGCACCAAUGCCAGCUAAUGCUACUAAUGCUAAUGUGUACUUGUCUAUUGUUGGAUUGAAUGAUGACAAUACAUUUGUAUUGAAUACUACUUUUGGUGAUACUACCGAGAGCUUUCCAUCAUCUGGUACCAGUGUUCUGGGCUCAAUGGUACUUAUAAUGGCUGCUUUGCUUUGUUUCUUCCUCUUUAUAUGGAUAUGAAAUGCUUGCCUUUGACUUUGUGUGUGUGUGUGCUUUAAUAUGACUAGGUGUAUAGGCUUCUUUCGUUGAUUGUUGUUGAUCUACUGCAUAUUUUCCUAGAAAUAAGUAAACUAUUGAUAUUUUCCUUUCUCUUUUUGUCAAUUUUU